AUGAACGAACCGAUUGAGAUCCUCGGCCAGCAGCCAGGUUUGAAAAUAUACACGCAGAUAGCGGUGUGCUUCUCUGUCGAAGAUGACCACUCAUAUGCAAACAUCACAAAAACCCUUUCGAUCGGUCUCAAGCGGCUUACUGCAAGUUUUCCCUGGGUUGCCGGGCAGAUCGUCAAUGAGGGCGCAAGCGACGGCAAUACGGGCAUCUUCAAGAUCGCACCACAUGAAGCAACCCCGCCCUUCAUUAUCAAAGAUUUACGAACGGAUUCAUCAGCACCGUCGAUGCAGGAUAUGAAAAUUGCAAACUUCCCUUUCAGCAUGAUAGACGAGAGCAUCGUGUGUCCUCGCCCGACUCUGCCGAUCGACCCGACGUUGGUGGGGAAACCAGAACCAGUCUUCAUCAUCCAGGCUACUUUCAUCAGGGGCGGGCUCAUUCUCGCAUUCCUCGGCCACCAUCAGGUAUUGGAUGGCACCGGACAAGGGCAACUCAUCAAGCUCUUAUCAAAGGCGUGUGAACAUGAAGGAUUCACCGAAGAAGAAGUAGCAACUGGGAACCUGACACGCCACAACAUCAUUCCCCUCCUUGAAGGAUAUAGUGGAGGGCCCGAGACCGAUGCGAUGAUCAUUAAGCCAUCAACGACGCCAUCAAGGGCGCUUGCCACGUGCAGCUGGGCCUAUUUUGACUUCUCAUCAGCUUCGCUAUCAGCCUUGAAGUCAUUGGCUUCAGAAACUGUCAAGUCGGGGUACAUUACAACAGACGACGCAGUCACCGCGUUCGUCUGGCAGUCCAUUUCUCGUAUCCGCGCAAAACGUCUGUCGCCCGACGACGAAUCCAAGCUCGCCCGAGCCGUAAAUGUGCGAGGCUACAUGGGAAUCCCUCAGACUUUCCCGGGACUCAUCCAAAGCAUGACGAAUAAUUCCAUGACGAUUAAGAACCUUGUCGAAAGGCCCCUCGGGGAAGCGGCAUCUCUACUGCGAUCGACUGUGGACCCCGAAACCUUGAGUUAUGGUGUGCGGGCACUGGCGACGCUCAUAGACCAGGCCGUUGAUAAGAGCAUCUUCUCCUUCACCGGUGCCCUUCGUCUCGAUAGGGACUUGGCGUUCAGUUCGUGGGCGAAACUCGACCUUUAUGAGCAGGACUUUGGCUUGGAGCUACGGAAGCCAGAGUCGGUUCGACGACCACAGUUUACACCAGUGGAAAGUCUUGGAUAUCUGCUCCCCAAGGCACCAGAUGGAAGCAUAGCACUUGCGGUGUGUUUGAGGGACGAGGACAUGAAGGAACUGAAGAGAGAUGAAUUAUGGUUGAAAUAUACCAAUUACAUAGGAGAGUGA